CCACCCCUAGUCUACGUGGGUCCUCUUGCAGUACACUUGUUUUGACCACGACUUCAUUGGACAGUUGUUUCAAAUUUAGCUUUAACUUUAGAAAUGUUUUUUGCAAUUUCACCAGUCCCUUUGAAAUUUUUAUGGAAAAGAAAUUAUUUUACCAUGUACUAGCCUUUAAUGUCAACGCCUGUGUAAUUUGAAACUUUUCACCAACAAUGAUUAGCGAUCACGUGGUAGCAAUAGGCCCUUUCGUGCAAGACAGUUUUAAGACGUGGCGCUGAUCUCAGUUUACUGGGAAAUAGUAUUUAGUCCUAACGACUCUUGUUUAUCCAACAGUCAUGUUGUGUAUAACCGCGUUGCUUUGGCUAAACAUUAUUUACUAGAUAAGUAGGUUGAGUAUGAUCGUCCGGGUGAACGUGGUCCUGAAUAGGACUGUUGUUUGACGGUGACUGAAACUUCGACAACCUGUGCGGUGUUCAUUUGAGAGUCAAAGUGUGUUAUUAAGCUCUGGUUAUUGACCUGAUUGGCCAAUUAAGUCGCGAUGUUAUUGGUCGUCUGUCAGUUAAGCCGUGAUCGCGAUAUGAAUUGGUCGUCUGCGUUUCGAUCCGUCCGUGAUGUUAUUAGACGUAUGAAGGCUCGUGAUGUCAUGAAACGGCGGCCAUGUUGGUGUCCCAAACCAGCUGGGAGUUGAACUCUUUUCGAUCCGUCUAUUGUUACAAAUAAACAAUUGUUUACUAGACUGAAAAAGUAAAAACCACAUUCUAAUGUUUUACAAAUUAAAGCAGCCACCUUACGCCUUGAGAACCUCUCCGAUAAUUCCUUUGAUUUCUAAAGCCGUAAAGCAUGGUCUAUUUCUUUGUUUUUGUCGUAGCUUGGGUUUAAAUGGAAUUAAAGUGAUAGUCAAAAGUCUAGGAUCUGGAUUUCACUUGCCUGUUCCUGGACUUCCUCGAUAUGACCUGGUAAGCAAAAUAACUGUAGUAAAAUCUAAAAGCCUUUAGGCAACCCCAAGAGACUGUCUCUUGAUACAUCUUAUUUUAAAGUGGAGGCCAUGUUACUUUUCCUUCAUAUUUAUGUUAAUUGUUCACUUUUCCUCGAUUUCAUCUGCAAAAUUCAGUCGAACGAGGCAAGUUUCCCGUUUUUCAUCAUGGUUAUCGUACAUUCGCACAAAGCAAAGAGAUAACCAUGUAGCCGUGGCGAUUUUCAGUAAAAGAUCACAAAGACACGUCAAAAUGUGGUGAGAAUAUCAGUGACGUCAUUUUAUGUUAUUAGCACAUUUUUACGAAAUCUGUGAUCUAUUGCUGAACAGACAAACUGCAACAUAGAAUUUACUUGUUUACUGUGUGUAUGUUAGUCGCCCUUUUACCUUCGGUAAACUGCCCCUUAUAAAACCCCUACCCCCCCCACUUCCAUUUAUUGAAAUGAAUUCGACUUAUUAUGACGUUUUGAAGCGUAAUUGAAAAUCAGUAAAUGCAUGCAAAACGUCUUUAGUUCAGCACUGCUAUAGCUAGUUUCGAAGCACCCUUUCUAUUCCGGUUAUAAGCUCCCUCGGAUAUAAGCCCCUCCGUUAAUAAGCUCUCUUAAACCCCUUACGAAUAUGUAUCAGCGGCAGUCGGUUUACCGUACAUUAAUUAACACGCUGGCGCAUAUGAUCUUAGACAGGUCAGAGGAGAACAGCGGAACGAAACCAGGAGGUUAUCGAUUCGGCUAAAAAGCUUGGCUACCAAGCGGUAGAUACUUUUAGCAUGACUGUGUCGAGGUACAAAGACUUCCUACUGGGGAACUGUGGCUGCCACUUCCAUAAGGUAACUCGAAUGAAUUCUGUGUUCACGUCUCAAGCUCACUGAUAGGGCUGUGUUGCACGGCUGUCUAGUUCAUUUGAUCAAAAUUGCCACUAAAUUGUGGAACUUAACGUUAGCGAAGAAAUUACUGGCAAAUGACAAAAACUGAAGUUUCUUGUCCAAUAGAAUUACUUCCCGAACAUUGUAGCAAACGUUACAAACAACAGAAAUGAACUUUGAACAACUGUUAGCCAAACAAGUUCCUCCACCCGUGCCUUCUUCUACAUUUUCUGGGUGAUUUAGACCUCUUUUAUAUUUUGAGCGGUUAUUUUUAUGUUUCACUCAUUUUGGUGGCAGUUCUGCCGCUCAUGUGUAGACCGCUACUAUGUUUAUUGCGGGCUCUGAAACAAGUGCCUUUGAACAAGUGAGCGAAAUGGGAAGUGAAUACGAAAGCGGAAGAGGGGCUUCCAACCUCCGACUUCCAACUUCCCCGAUUUCCCUCUGUGCGUUUCCCACUUCCCACUUCUCACUUCAGAAUAAGCUUUUCCGCUGCUCGAGUGCUGGCUUAUUUCCAGAAAAUCGAGCCAAACUUGAGGCAUAAUUUCAAAGUCAAAACUGUAAUGGGUGACAGGCCACGCGAUCUCUAACGGUGUGAAACCUCUGAAAUCCUCUUACAUAUUACUUUAAAAUUUUCUGAUAGGUGCUUGUCCAUUUCUUUAGCUUUGUUUGAAUGUAACCGUAAUUCAUAACAGGCCCAAAAUUAGUCUAACCGGAGACUGUUACUGUUACUGUCUGUCUUCUAGGUUGUAGAUAUGAGGUCACUAGUGAAGGAAGAGGAUGAAGUGCCCUCGCCAUUGCUGGAAAAUUUGGACAGCGGUAACAGUGAAGGGGACCUUCUUCCCAGAUAUCACGUGAUCGGACCCAUCAAUAGUGUUUACUCGGAGCUGGUUAUCAAGGGAAUGUGCAGCUAACCUUUACUCACUAGAAUAGAUUAUGUUUACGCGUGAUGUAGUGCUUUACUUUGAGCCUGUGGACAAAAACGUAGGAGCGUCUUAGCGAUUUGAACGGUUUUUAUCUGACAUCAUUGAAGUCAAUAAGAGGCGAACUAGCCUGCGUAAUCGGCGGGAUCGCUGGCAGAGAAGCUGCGAAGCCUUGCGACUCUCAUACGCGCAAAAAAAACUAUCAAGUCUAAGAAACAAUCCCGCCAACUACGCAGGCUAGAGGCGAACAAGCUAGUUAGGAAACUAACCUAUCACGUUUAGAAACUAGGAAACGGUUAUCUUGUUUUAGGGGCCCUACCACGCGUUAUUUACCCAUAACACAGAGAAUAAGAUGAAGAGAUAUAAUAUAUUAUAUACAUAAUUUAUUUUGAAUUCAAGGAUUUUCAUAAAGGUUAGAAAUAUUUAUAUUUUCGAAAAUGUUAAAUUGUUUUAUUCCAAGAAAUAUGUUAACAAUGUUGCCGUUGCCUGCUUUGUAAACCUGGUAUUUGAGUGGAAGCGAGGCUUGAUUUACCUUUUUUGUUGACAGUAGAAGUGUUUGAAUUAGAACGAAGUUGCCACGGGAAAAUCGGGGAUAUGGUGAGCCUAGAUCCUAGGCUUUUUCCCACUCUCUCGGACAAGCGCAACCCCUAAUAAGGUCCUGGUAACGAGCAACGGACACACGGCUUAGAUUGACUUGGCACACAACUGUAAAAUGAAAUAUUUAUCAUUCCAAGAAACUUGUAGGAGUCUGGGCACCACCUUGGCCGCUGGAUUUCUGGGAUGGUUGAAGUAAGCAGCCUGCGUUAAUAAGCUGCGUUAGUUGCCAUAGACAGACAUAAACCAAUAAUAGCUCAUUCUGCACAUCCCAGAAAUUUUAAUGCUAAAAGCCCGCACUCAAUCCCCCUUAGUUUCUGGAAGCUGGUGGUCGAAGCUUAUGUGGGGCAUUUUAUUAAACAAUAUAUUUCCUAGUGUGAAGAUUUUCCUGCAUGAGCUUAUACUGCAAGCUUGCUAGGAGUAUUCAGGGAAUACAAAAAUGAUGUAUUAUAAAGGUUAUUUAAUUGACAUAUCGAUGUGAAAAUAGAACCAAGCGUAGUCGUAGUAAUAGGGAUAACUGUUAAAAAACCGGGUGUUUGAUCUAAGUGGGCUUCAACUCCAACGGGGGUUUUUAUUGGACCACAGAAGACCGAAAAGGCCCAGUUUGACAA